AUGACUACGAUGAGCCACCGUGAAUUAGACAACCUCCAAACUUCCCUAAACAAUGCGCUGAACAGUUUGCGCGUCGCAAUGGACGAGUCGAUGCUGUCGCCUUUGUCUUCACAGUAUGGGAUCGACAUGCACCCUUUGGAUGGCCUAGACCAGCCCACGCCAGUUGGUGUAUACAAAGCCCGCCAAGCAGCACUAGCAUGUGUUGCAGAGCUCAAGAAUCUUCUGCAACAUCCUUUUGAGAAAGCCGCUGAGAGCACCUUCGCCAUGUAUGAUUUCGCUACCGUUCAAGUCUUUGUUGAACAUGGCAUUGUGGACCGCAUGGCCAAGGAGCCCUCUGGUAUCUCUGUCAAAACUCUUCAGUCAGAACUGGACCUUGACGCCCAUAAGCUCACCACAGUAUUACGCCAUCUCUCAGCUUGUGGUUGGAUUCGAGAGACUCAGGAUGGCAUUUUUGCUAUGAAUCGCUCCUCUCGCAUUUUACUACAAGGCCAAAGGGGUCGUGCAUUGAUAUCGGUUCCUGGCAACAUGAAGAUCGCAGAGGCUCUUCCUCGAUGGCUCACGCAUCCCGAAUUCAGGUUCUCUGAGUCUCCAGAACAUACCGCAUUUCAGCUCGCGAACGAUACCACGAAGCCAUUCUUCGAAUGGGCGAAAGACGACAGAAAUUAUCUUGGUCGUUUUGCAGCUUGUGUUGAGGCGAUCGGCGAAUAUGUUACCCCAGGAAUAUUAUCGGACUACCCAUGGCAAACGUGCUUGAAAUCAACUAUUGUUGAUUGCGGGGGAGGUAAAGGAAGCCUAGCUAUCGCCCUCGCCAAUAAGAGAGGGAGGAGAUGGUCGAGGCUGGCUGAAGCUAAUAUCAAGGCCCAUUUGGACCCCAACUCAGUUCCUGGCACAGUAGUUGCCGAAGCCCGCGACUUGUUCUCUGCUCAACCGCGCACUGGGGAUAACUAUACCUUCAUGUUACGUCAUGUUCUACACAACUGGCCCGAUGCUCAAGCUGUGAGCGUCCUAGAGAAACUCGCUGCAGCCGCAGGACCAGAGUCCAAGAUCCUGAUCAUCGAGAGAAUUUCUGGGCACUAUCCCGACACUCACGUCCAGCUUGAACAUGACCCAACGAACACGACUGAUAUUACAACUUCUGCUUCCCUCAUAACCGAGCAAACCCUUCUCAAUUCUUCAUCUCGCAUGCCGCACGCACUCGCUUUGCACCUCUUGUGUAUUUUAAAUUGUCACGAACGAACACUGGAUCAGUGGCGGACUAUAAUUUCUCGGGCUGGUCUUGUCGUCACAGGGCUGUACAAGCUUAGGGCUUAUGUGUCUGUUAUGGAGUGCCGCGUUAUUCACACAUAG